AUGGAGAUCAACGAGGCGCUCGAGCGCAGCGGCAAUGACAUCAAGGAGAAACUCGCAGACUUCGAUGCCCUGGCGACCAGGGACAACAUGAAGCUAUUUCUCGUUCAGUUGAACGCCACUAUUCCUAGGUUCAAGGACCGGGUACGGCUGACUGGGAGCAAACCUGAGCUAAAGAGCCGGUAUCGCGAGUACCUCUCCGCCGAGAUGCCCGUAACGAACACUGCUACAACACCUCCAGCAAAGCGCCCAGCAGCGGCGCCACAGUCAGCGGCACUGAAGCGCAUGAAGCGUACACAGCAAGCAGGAGAGGACGCAGAGAUUGACCACAAGAGCAUCGACGACACCGAAGCGCUACAGCCAGCGGCACCAAAGCGUGAGAAGCGUACACAGCAAGCUGGAGAGAGCGAGGCGGUUGGCGACAAGAGCACCGACAAUACCCAAGACAUGAUGUCAAGCAUGCUGUCGCGUCUCUUUGUGGCAGAUAGGGUGCAGCUAUCAACAUCCACAAUAACCUGCCUCGACGCUUUAGGAUCUCCGCUGAGCGCCGUCGCAGCGCGGAAGCCUGAGAACGGAGAUCUAUCGAGCAGACUUUGGCCGCUGGUCGACCCGAUAUCCACUCUCAUCUCCGCUCGCGACUCUAUCAUCGCAACGCACAGUUAUCUCGACAAUCUUGGUCGGUUGGCUGCUGCAAUUCGCACACGUCCGGUCACUGCCCCAGCCUGCUUCAGCUCAUUCCUUGCCUGCUUAUAUUUCACGGUCGUCGUGGACCGCGGAGACGCCGGAGAUACGUUGGCUGUGCCAGACAAAGAGCCGGAAGACACGAGUUUAGACGAGGCAGCAGUUAUGGCCGAGGUGGAUGUCCUGUCGAACGAAGUAAACCGCGCCUUGGCCAAAUGGAGUUCAUCCUUCCCUUCGCCCCCUUCCGAUUCCAUGAUAUAUCCGGUGGACUUCAACCAAACGGAGAGGAUAGAGCUGAGAGGCUUUGCCAGGAAGUACAUUGAGAAGUACCCCCAUCUCAGCAAGCUGGGGAUAGCGAGAGAGGUCUUGCUUGCUACCAGUGAAGACAUUCUGGCAACCUGGCCCAUCGAACGAGGGGAGAAGUUGAAGACAGCGAUGAACAACGUCAAUCUUGUCAAGGGCAAGCCUCCGUCUGCCAAGAGUCCCCACCGCGAGGUGGGUGACAAGGAAGAAGAAGGCGAGAAGACGGACAAGCCGAAUGCGCGAAGACAGAUGCCAGUGGUGAUCGAGGACGACGGUGACGACGAGGAAUACGAGGGGGCGGACAAGCCGAAGGCGCGAAGACGGAUGCCAGUGGUUACCGAGGUCGGCGAGGAGGAGGAGGAAGAUCAGGAUUUAGUCACUAUUGCUGGGAAAUAG